AUGUCAGACCAGCCGCUGCCUAAUAGUCGGCCAUUGCCAUCGUCCUUCGACGAAAAUGAUGAUUUCUACAACGAAUCCGGCCUUCGCAAGGUUGUCCGUCGUCUCAGAGAAGAGCCGCUCGUCCCCAUCGGCGCGCUGCUCACCGUGGCCGCAUUCACCAACGCUUACCGAGCGAUGCGACGGGGCGACCACCACAAGGUUCAGCGCAUGUUCCGGGCGCGUGUCGCCGCGCAGGCGUUUACCGUCGUAGCCAUGGUUGCGGGCGGCAUGUACUACGCUGAGGACCGGCACAAGCAGCGGGAGCUCUGGAAGCUGAAGCAACAGCAGGAGGCCGAGGAAAAGCGGCAGAAAUGGAUCCGGGAGCUGGAGGCCCGCGACGAGGAGGAAAAGGCGUUCAGGGAGAAACUCGACCGGAGACGGAAACGGGCGGCCGAGCGCGCCGACCAGGAUACCGGCACAGAUGGCGUCGCUGCUCAGGCGAGGGCCGCUCUGAGAGAGGCCAAAGCCGCCAAGCCUGCGAAUGCCAAGCAAGAAGCGACAGAUAGCGACCCGGUCGAAGAGGAACCCAGCCGGGCGCCCGACAACGGGAACAAGCCUAAAAGUGGACUCUUAAACUCUUUAAACUCCCUGGGCGGGUUGUUCGGUAGGUCCAAAGGGACGCCAGAGCAGCCGCUUCAGAGCCCGGAGGAUCAUCGGAAGCCCGUUUCCGAAAAGUGA